UUAACCGGAAGUGGGUGAAUCUGGUCAUGGCUAGUCGAUAAACGUUUUUAAUAUAACAUAGUCUUAUUAAUCAUGUUAAUCAAAGUAAAUGUGUAUACAAUAUUAUGUAUAUGAUCGCCAUCAACCAUAAAAUUGAUUCAGAUAAGUGAGCAAGUAAAUUAGCCAGGCAGUUGUCAGCUAGAGCGCAUCGUUAUAGAGCUGUACAGUAUUUGUCUCCAAAGGGACUUACAGUGGUUAAAUGAAAACACUACUCUGAGGCUGAAUUUGUAUCCGACACAUCUGUUACAACCGAGGUGCAGACAGCGAUAAAGCAAACGGGUAACUAUCCAAGGUGAAUGAGUGAGGCUGACUUCUUCCCCUCUGCCGAUAUGGUAGAGAUAAACCGCAUCCAUUAUGAGCUAGAAUAUACAGAGGGCAUUAGUCAACAGAUGAGGAUCCCGGAGAGGCUCAAAAUAGGCCCCGGUUCAUCACAGGAACCACCUGAUCCCUUUCUGGAGGCGUCCCAUAGUACCAUGAUGCAUGUGCCAGAGAGGAUUGUAGUAGCAGAUCAAGGAGAUAGCAAUGAUGCACUCUUUGGCAGACUGAGAGAUCUGGAUUUGAUUCAGUCUACGCCAAUAGAGACCGUUGAACUGAACACUCCACCGCGAGUUCUCACCCUGAACGAUCAACCUCUGGACUUCCUAGAGCCAGAGCCAGCAGCCAACUCCACUGCCCAGCCAAGUGAAGAGAUGCGAUCACACUUGAGGUCAAGGCAGGAGCACUGUAGGAGUGAGAACUCUACGAUGCGUUGCAAUGGGCAAUUAAACAAACAUGAUUUUGCAAGCCCAUCUCCAUCUCGUGCUCCAGUCCGUGCCUGUCCUCCUCUCAUUAGUCCAGAGGACUCUGAAAACCUUAACAGUGCCAGUGGUGUCCUCACCUACAUCAAGAACACAACUCGCAGAGCCUACCAACAGGUCUUGGAAGUGCUGGAUGACAGUCAUCAUAGUCGGACAGCUCUUUUAGCUUUUGAUCCUAGUUUGGAGAACACACCUGAUGACGCUGUCUUAACAGAUGCUGCAUCACUGCGACGACAGAUCAUCAAGCUGAACCGAAGACUGCAGCUACUGGAGCACGAGAAUAAAGAGCGAGCCAAGCGCGAAAUGAUCAUGUACUCCCUCACUGUUGCUUUCUGGGUGGUCAACUCUUGGAUCUGGCUACGCCGCUAGAAACCAGAAAUGUUUCAAAAGAACAAAAAAAUUUAAUUCAGUUACAACGUACAGUGUAUUAGGUAUUUUGCACUUACAGACUUUUCAUUAAGUGAGGGCUUUCAUUGACAAAAGGUUGAAUUAUACUCAGAAAAAUGCAGUAUAUGUAGUCACUUAAGUUAUUGUUUUUGCUUUUCCAGUUAUUAUACUAUUCUUGUAAAUGUUAAGAAACAGUAGUUUGAUGGUCCUGUGCACUGUUAUAUAAAAAUGUAAAUGUUCUUAAUAUUCCAUUAGACGUUCCAUAUUUGUGAAUACAUGAAAGUUUGCACUUAUUUUUCAGUUAAAAUACCUCAUGUCAUUAUUUAUGGAUAAACAUAUUUAAGGUUGUGGGAUCACCAAAGAAUUAAAAAAUAAAAUGCAAAAA